UUUGAAUAAAAGGGGAAUAAAAGUGCGCGGCUGGGAUUCAAACCCAUGAGCUGGGCUUUAAGCAAAACCGGCCCAAACCAGCUGAGCUACACGGACUUUGUCAACCUAAUAUGGAGAGAAUUGGAUAUAAAGUAUCGUUAUAAUGGAAACCCUAGAUUUAAAGGAAAGCUUAAGUGUUUUACCAUAACCCGAAACCUUUUCCCAAAACCUAACUUUCCUCCUCUCCCGACGCGACGGCGCUAUGCUCGGGCGGAAACGCAGCCACUUUGGAGCUUCUUUCCGGCGGCCAGCGAAGGCUUCUUCCGGCGAACCUUGCGGACCCGAGUUCCUCCCGUCGAAGAGAGCCCGCGAGCACAAGAGGAGACCGAGAUUUCGAGCUCCACCCGGAACCAUAAUCGCCCCUUCCUCCUUUUCGGUUGUAAGUGCAAGCAAACCGUGAUAAAGGAAAAGCUAAGAUAUGAAGGGAGGCGACAAGGUGGUGGUGAUGAUGGAUGUGAUACGAAAAUUCGUGAUGAUAGCCAUUCUCAAGAUAGAACUUGUUGA